AUGGCAGCCUCAAACGAUACCAGGAGAAAGGUCAAAGGUUCUUGUCUUUGCGGACACCUGACCUACGAAGCCUCCAUUGGCGAAAGUCCCAUCACCGCAAACCGCUGCAACUGCGCCUUCUGUCGAAAGCGCGGCAUGACCACCUACCGCCUACCAGACGCCUCACAUUUCAGGCUACUGUCUCCCGCUUCACAGGCCGACAUCGGUGACUAUCAAGGGUGGGGAGAUGGGCAUCGUUGGUUCUGCCAGCAGUGCGGCGUGCAUGUCUGGAUGGAGGCACAAUAUGAGAUACAAGGACACAAAGUCGAGCUGUUCGCAGUGAACCUGGCAACGGUGGAUCAGCCCCAGGGUGGCAUCGACCUGAAUGAGGUCAAGAUAAGCUAUGUUGAUGGACUGCAUGACAACUUCAUGCAGCCGGGUGAAAUGCCGUUCCCUGGUGGGCUGCUCUAG